AUGUCCACCCGUCCGUCAAAAGCUCUCCUCUGCCUGCACGGCACUGGAUCAAAAUCCAGCAUCUUCCGUAUGCAGCUCGCCAAAAUCCGCCUGGCGCUCAAGGAUGAGUUCGAGUUCGUCUUCAUAGACGCCCCGUACCCCGUCCCCGCAGGGCCGGGCGUUCUCCCCAUCUUCGCCUCAGCGGCGCCCUUCUACGGCUGGUUUGGCGGGUCGGGCGCGACUAUUGAAGACAGGCUAGACACCAUCAAUGAGUCCGUCCGCGAAUCCGUUGAGAGGUGGGAGGAGUCUCAGAGGACCGGAGGAGCGGGCCCGGCCCCCAGGAUCGUCGGCCUGCUGGCCUUCUCCGAGGGCGCCCUGGUGGCCUCAAUGUUGGUCUGGCAGCAGCAGCUCGGGCGACUGCCGUGGCUGCCCUAUAUACGGUUCGCCGUCCUCAUCUGUUGCUUCUUUCCGGACGAGGCCGGCGCUCACAUGAUGGCCGAUGGGGGAACGCUGAUCCGGGUCCCGACCUUGCAUCUGCACGGCAGGCAGGACUUCUGUUUGGCCAGGGCACGGAAGCUCGUCAGGGAGCACUAUGAGCCUAGCGCAGCUACGGUUUUGGAAUUCGAGGGCGGUCAUCAAGUUCCCACUAGGAUUGUGGACUGUAGAGAGGCUGUGAAGUACAUUAUCAAACUAUCCAAGAUAUAA